AUGAUUCCUGAAUACUCAAAGUUUCUAUUUUUACUAGUACUUGUAUGGUCAGAUUUUGUUCUAGUAAAGAGUGAAACAUACAAUGGCCAACCUCUAUACAACUUAUCUGAAUAUGACUCUAAAGUAGAAGGUAGUUCAAAAGUUAUUGGAAAUGAAGGAAUAAAGUCACCUAUUAUUGUAAGUUCAAAGCCAAAUUUUAAAAAUUAUGGGAUGAAUACACCAGAAGCAUUAUAUAGACUUUAUGAAUCAAGUGAAAUGAGUGAAACAAGUAAACUAGAUGAACCCAUACAUAAUGCACCUUAUGUUAAUCAUUCAAACGAUAGUUUAAAAGAAAAAAAUAAAAAGGAAAAUUUAUACAUAGAAGAUACAUAUAAUGGAAAAAGUUUAUAUGGUAAUGAAUUUAGUUUGCAGCCAAGCUUUUCUGAAAAGACUUCAGAAUUUGAGGAAGAGAUUCCUAGUUCAACCUCAAAUGGUAUUACAUACUAUGAGGAAAAGCCCAAAGAGAUGAUGUCUACGGAAUAUAUGCACUAUUUAAAAAGUGAUAAUUGGGAUUUUAAGAAAGAUUUAAAACCUUUUGAAUACAAAUAUGAAGCAAGCAAAUUAAAGGAUCUAAAUACACCUGUAGUAAGUUUAAAUAAAAGACCUAGAUUUGAGUAUUAUAAGAAAAUGCCAGACUUUGGUAGAUUUCAAAAAAAUGCUGUAAUUGAGAUAUCUCCAUGGAUCCCUCGAUCUUUAGUACAUUUUGAAAUAAUAAAAAAAAAUCCAGUUCAUGAAUUGAACUCACUUUCAGCAAUAAGAGAUCGACCAUCUGCAACUGUGUCCCCAAAUGGCCAAUAUAUAAUAAUUACUUCAAACCCUCCUGAAACAUGUGUAGAAAAUAAAUAUGAUGUUUUUAUUCGAAAAUACAAAUCCAAAAAGUUAAAGAAACCACGCAGGAAGUAUAAUAUUUUGAAUAUUUUUCACAAAUUGAAUUUGGAAGGAAGGGACAAGGGAGUAGGAGGAGGUAUCGGAGUAGAUGAAGAAAAUCUUCCAAGUAGAUAUGUCUUACUUGCAAUGAGUGAUCGUUUAAGUAAGAGACAAUGGAAAAAAUAUAGUUAUAGAGUAAAGGAUAUAGCUUUAUAUAUAGAAAGUGCGAGCUAUAUGACAUAUUUUUGCUAUAAAAUGUAUGUGAACUAUACAAGGCAGAUCAGAACUGCAAAAUAUUAUCAGAAAAUUCCAAAAAAAAUUAAGGAUAACUCAAACAUUGUACAACAAAGAUUCCCAAUGGUACCUUUUACUGCUAUAGGUAGUUAUGUUCCAACUUCUGAAGAUUUCACGCUACUAAUGAAGUCAGUCCACAAGUACAUUACAAGUAAAAGACGUAAAUUAAAAUUUGUUAAAGGUAAAAGGGUUCUCUUUAUUGGUUAUCAACAAAAUCCAGUAUCUGAAGUGAGUUUACCAAUGGAAGAUGAUGAUCUAGAAAAAGCAAUUCGUGAACAAAUGCCCCUCAAAAAGCAGCACAAGGAUAGGGAUUAUGCUAAAAUAUUCAAAAAGAUGAAAAAAUUCCAGUAUGAGAAAGUAUCUCAAUUUAAUUUAGUUUAUAGCGAAUCAAUCAAUAUUUAUAUUGGAGUUCUCAAAAAUCUUUGGAUGUGUGUGAUAUCUGGAAUAUUUAGAAUAAUGAAGCAUAAGCAAAAUGUCUCUACAUGUAUUAUUGGAAAUGUGUCUAGUUAUCAAGUGGCAAAUGUACUAAAUAGGGUAAUAGUUGCAAUGUUAAAGUCUUCAGAUGUUACAAAUGUUCCAAGUUAUUUGUUAUUUCCAGUUUCUAUAGGUAACGAAAGGUAUGGAUGCAAACAAUAUGCUUCUGAUCAUCUCCAAGGCCACUUAAUUGAAAGAUGGGAUCAACCUAUUUUUGCUUUACAAGGUUAUUCUAUACUUAGAGGGAUGUAUAGAAAAACUCAACUUUAUAAAUACAACAAAUAUGCUGUCAGGCUCUAUGCACGUGCUUUCAAAUAUCUAAAAUUCCGAUACCAACGAGUAUUUGGAGAUGCACCUGUAUUGAUUAUGCAGCAAGCUUUUCCUCUAGGUUUUCUUGCAGAUGUGCAAGAUUGUUCGAGACUUGCUAGGAGCAAAGGACUAAAUAAGUACAAAAAACUUAGGGUUACUAUUUUGUGCAUGUAUAGAAAUGGAAGUGACAGUACAGUUUCUACGGAGGAGUUAAUGAACCUUGAAAAUAAUAUACUGCAAUAUUCUUUUGGAUCCAAGAAAUCUCAUUUAGGUGAGAAGAAGGUCGUAAUAAUAAGAAAUGUAAAUUCUCCUCAAGAUAUGGAUAACGUGAACUUUUGGCUGCAUAGAAUAAGAAGCAAAAUUCUUGCUACUAACACAGAAAUGCUUAUUAUCCCAAUGUUGGUUGUGAACACUAAGUCUUAUACAAAAAAUUAUAAGAAACUUAAGAAAAUUAUAAAAUUUCAAUCCAAGAAUAGGCAACAGCCAACUUGA